AUGCGCUUCACAACAGCUUUCGCCACAGCCUUGCUGGCGCUGACAACACCAUCGGUGCUCGCAGGUGGGCCCGGUGGAGGAGACUGGUCGUCAGACACAACCACGGUCACCGUCACAGCUACCAUGUCAACCACGCAAAUUGUGACCAAGUACCUCAUGUACGCCAACGCAACCACAUCCACCACCAUCUCCCACCCGACUGGAUGGAACAGCACCGCGCACACCACGGCAUCAGCGACCGAUUACAACAAGCCGACCCUCACGGUCGCCUCUUCAGUCGCCUCCGGCAGCCCGUCGAUCGCCACCGCGACCGGUGCCGCAAGCGCCCAAGAGAUCAACCUCGCAGUGGCCGCCCUCGCAGGUGCCGCCGCCAUGGUCUGGGGUUCAUUAUGA